UACUCAUAGAGAGCUAGCCUGUAGAUUCUGAUGACCGAGAACAUCAUUUUUCAAACAUUUCCUCUUCAACCUCCUCAGCUCAAAUAGCCAGCUUCUUCUAAUGCACACACCGUGUGAUUUGGUCUGCUAGGGCUAGCAGCGUAGCACACCCCUCAACAGACCAGUGCCAGAGGGUUGGUCGACAUUCAGCACAAGCCCACUGCCCGGGAAAGGGCCGCACGCCUUUGGGCAGAAGGUGUGAGUUCUGUUUAUGUCUGGCACUUGCAACAUCAACAGAAACUACGGUGCGCGCGAACAGCAUCGCGAAGGUGACCAUUCCGCCAACGGAGGUCAAAAGAUUGGCCGAGACUGGGAUAGCUUGCCGCUGAACACUUUUGAAUGGAGCGCAGCAACAGCUUUCUCUCUCGGCUGCGGGGUUCGUUCCGCAGUAAGCGCCCUGGAUCCGCUACGCAGCUCCUGGGAGAUGCUGACCUCGAAGGCGACGGAUGCGCACAGUGUCGAGCCAGUGCGCUCAUAGCGCACAGAGCUGCCUAUUACGGCCAUGUUGGUUGCCUAGCCUGGCUGGAGAGGGAAGAACCCGAGAAGCUUGAUAGCGUUGACCGAAAUGGAGCCACCCCGCUGCUGCUGGCCAUUCGCCAAAAUCGAAUCAAGGCAGUCAGCUGGAUCCUCACACACUGUCCCAACCAGAGCCGACAGAAGGCGACUGGCGGGGAGACACCUGUGCUGGUGGGAGCAGCUCAAGGACGUCUAAAGUGCCUGGAAAUGCUCCUCGAGUUCGAGCCCAAGGUCAAGGCAUCGCUGUCCGAGGACAUCGAUAGCGGCGGCCUAUCGGCCAUUCAUCUGGCAGCGCUGAAGAAUCGCACCGACACGGUCGCGUGGAUACUGAAAGUCCUCGGCAAGACGUGUGUCAUACACCCAAGCCGUUCGGGCAUCACGGCGGUGCACAUUGCUGCAGCCUCUGGCCAUCUGAAUAUCUUGGAGCUGCUCACAAAGAAGGACAAGCGAGGCGUGUUUUAUGUGGACUCUGCAGGUACAACACCUGUGUACUUUGCCGCUCAAGAAGGCAGGCUGGAGUGCAUGCGGCACAUGGUGGAGAACGUGAAGGCGGAUGCGAUUUCGCGCUGUGACGAUGGCAUGACGACGGUGCACUGCGCUGCACAGGGGGGACACCUGCAUGUUGUACAGUGGUUGGUGACAACUCAGGGAGAGGAGGUCGUGCUGGCGAAAACACAGGACGGUGCAACACCGGUUCACUUCGCUGCUGCUAUGGGCCAUGCUGAGCUACUCGAGUGGAUCCUCUCGUUGCCCAAAAUUGGCGAGCAGGCGCGGAACACAACCGACUUGGACGGCGGAACACCAGCUCAUGAUGCAGCAGAUAACGGUCAGCUACAGUGUCUGGUCAUACUGAAGGCACACGGAGCUGAUAUGUCAGCAACAGAUAAUGAUGGAUUCACUGCCGUCGACCUAGCCGUCAACAGUACCGAUAGCAAGUGUCGCGAGUGGGCCGCCGAUAUGCUACGACAGGCCUCCUGGCAGAAUCGUGCGUUCCGCGAUGACGAAGCCGAAGAGAUUCACGCCUCGGCCGCCGCUGCAGCAGCGUCGGCCACCUCGUUCACUACAAACGAUGGCUCCCCGGCACUGCCACCCAGAGAGGACAUGCCGGGCCUGACACAGGAUGACCGUGCCAAGUCGUCAUCGCGUGAAAUCAACAUAGAUGAAGCCGUGUCUGAGGCAGCCAAAAAAGACGCAUUACAGAGAGCAGGCACAUUACCAAACCCACAGAGAACUCGUAUGCCUCCCAGUCCACGUCCGGGGAAAUCGACAGACAAGGCCGGUCACACGGAUACCCCGUACGCUGUUCCCAUGCGCUUGCUCAGCAAAAUUCGUAGCAACACCGUGGGUCACAGGCCGGACAAGAAGCAAGGCAAAGACAUGGACCACAGCGAACUCAGAAUGAUGAUGUCAAGCGGCCAUGAGGAAUUUGGCGACGAAGAAACUUCAUUGAUAAACCGAGGGGCAAUUGAAGACACAGACGGAGGGAGUCCUUGUGUUGCCGCUGCCAAUGACUCUCCGGACGUUCCACCCAAAACUGUCGACUCGAUGGUACUGCUAACGAUUGAGGAUAGUGAUGGGGAAACGAAGAGCAUUCAUGAUUCUGACAACGCGGAGCAGACCGGUGGCGGACCGACGCAAGAAGAUGAAGUUUCUGACAGUGCGGAUGCAAGAGCCCGUUCUGCUACUCUUCCCGCACGGUUCAAUCGUCUCAGCACAGCAUCAGACAAAGCUGCUGGUAGCGACAGGGAGUCACCGCUGCCCAUCCGCGGCAGAGCUCUGUUCAUUGAGCCAAGCCCAAGCUCCCGGAUACGCAAGCCCUCGCCCUCACCGUUGCCAGACGCGCGUGCUUCGCCUCUCAUGCAACGAAUUCAGAUGGCGAAACCCACGGAUGCAGGACGAAAGCUAUUCUCGUCCUCAGACAGCUCUGAUGAUGAUGAUGAUAAAAGUGUUCAAGAUGAUAUUCCAGCAAGUCAGGAAGAAGUCAAAGGUAUUUUUUCCAAGGCCACGCAAGCUACCAAGCUCCUGGUUACGUCCAGCUCAGAGUCGAGCUCUGCUGACGAAUCUGAUUAGAUCCAGCGCCUAGGCUCACCAUUUGACAGCGGGCACAACUAGCCGCCGUGCAAACGUACUGCUAACUGCUAUUGCGAUGAUCACAAGAAUGAACAAUAAUCUUUUUGUGAUAUUUGUAAUUUUAUGACCUGCACUAAUAUCGUUUCUGAUAUUAAAAUAGUUUGACGGUUGAAUUUACCGGUCAUUCAGCUGCGGAGGGCAUCCCUCAACAGAGGACACAGCUGAACUAUACGGCCGCUGCACAACCAGUUUGCCACAUAAAUCCUAAACUGUUGGUUGUAGAGUGAUAUGACUAUGAGCCUUAACACCAUACAUCCUUGGUUAUUUACCCAAGAUUUGAUUUCGCAUUGUAAACAGUGUACAUAAACUGCUGGCUGCUCUAUUCGAUAUUGACUACCAUCACGUUUUAAAAAUGACACUAAUUAAUUUUUGGGGAUUUCCCCUUACUCGUGAAUAGUAAGUGAAAUCUA